AUGAGAGCUCGGCCCGUCAUCAGCAUCGAAAAUUACACCAUAUACUGCGGCGAUGUUGAUGAGAACAAAGUAGGUGUGAGGAACGAUUACAAGAACCUGGUGGAGGAAUUUGGCUCAACGUCGUCUAGAUGCGCCUUUCUACGACUGCGGGAUCGCAGAGGACGUGAACUCUGGAUCGUAAGUGCUCACGCACCUACGGAAACCGCUGAGGACAACAGUAAGGACGCCUUCUACGAUGAACUCAAUGCGUUGAUGUCUAAAAUACCAAGCCAGCAGGUGGUCAUUGUCGGAAUCGACGCAAAUGCGAAGAUGGAACUCGAACAGCAAUCCGAUGCGCUAGGAAAAUGGUAUUAUCCAGCGGAGCGCACGUCGGACAACGGUGACCGUCUGGUCGACUUGUGCGAACAGACGGGCCUCAUCAUCGCUUCCACGUUUAAGAGGAAUCAUCGACGCCAUCAGCUCACGUGGCAGGGGUCAACCCUUUUAAUGCCUGAACAGCAGCGCAAGCGGAAGAUGAGGACUCUUAAACUUCAGCUCGACUACGUUCUGGCGAGGAACAUUCCUCAGUCAGAUAUCCGAAAAUCUAGAGCUGUUUGGGACGUCGCGUUCGACUCUGACCACCGUCCAGUUCUUCUCAGCUUCAAGAUACGGUUCAACAAAAGAAACCGAGGAGUUCCUCUUCAACCGAAAAUCGGCAUGGCAGGUCUGAAAGACGAUGAAUGCAGAAGAAAAUUCCGCCAACGUGUGUCUAUUCAUGUUGGAGUACGGACCAGGAAGAAGCUUAGCGAUGCGGAUUCCUUCACAAAGUGCAUCCAGGAUGCUGCAAGGGAAAUGCUCCCGGUUCUAUUGCCGCGAAAGAAGUUUGCCUUUUCAUCUGCGGAAACAAAAUCCACAUACAAUUCUGUAUGUGUCGCGCGCAGCGCUGGUGACUUCAACCAGGAAAAGCGUCUUAGAAGGAAGCUUCGUCGUCAACUGCAACAAGACCGCGAGUGGACGUCAAGAGCGAUGGAGCUUGAGAAGGCGUUAGAGCACAGGAACCCGCGGAGAGCCUACGCUCUACUAAAACAGUAUAGCGGCAAAAUGAAAAGAUGUUCCCAUGUCCUCAACACUGCUAGUGGGGUAGCUGUCGGUGAAGCAACCCUUCCAAUUUGGAAGGAACACUUCAAGACCUUGCUGAACCGGCUAGCACCGUGA